AUGAGUGAUGUACUAAGAGAAUGGCUCAUUCAUCAAUUAGGUGUGGAACUUCAUUCUCUUCAUCCUAAUAAUGUAUGUUCUAAGUUUCAAAAUGGAGUGUUCAUUGGAAAAUUACUUCAAAACUAUAAUAUUGUGGAUUCAAAUGAUUUUUCUCUGUUGAUCAAUCAAGAAGAUGAGGAGAUUAAAAUAUCCAAUUUUAGAUACCUUAAAACAUGGCUAAACAUGAUAAAUAUUUUGUUAGAUGAUGAUACUGUUAAUGGAAUAAUUACUGGACGAAGAUCAGUCAUUUUUGGAUUUCUGUAUAAAUUGUGUUUUAUCCUUGAGGAUCCUAAUAAUCUAAAUUUAAACGAACACGUUAAAAAAAUAUGUAUAUCGUUCGGAAACGUUGAUAUUUCAGAUAAUUCAAUAUCUAAAAAGGCUAUUUUUAAUGUAACUCAUGGAAAACCUUAUAAUCAUGUUGAUAAUAUUAAUGGGAAAUCGCCAAAAAUAUCCAUCAUAAACGUAAAAACCUUGUAUGAUGAGAUAAAUGAAUUUGAAGGCAGCUUACCAAUGAAACUGGCUUGUUGGAACACCAGAGGAGAUCGAUCUUGUGCUAGAUAUUUGUCCAAUCUCAAAGAACGGAAACAACAUUCAAAAAUGUAUGAUUCUUGGAGAAAGGAAAUAACAAAUAAAUAUCUACAGGACAGCUUUGAUGAAAAAAAUCGGCAUAACCAAUCUGUCCUCAGACACAAAUCAAUGCCAGAUAAACUUUAUCGCGUGUCUGAUUGUGAAAAGAAAAUGUUAGAGAAAGUUAAUAACGCUAAAUUUAAAACGAAAAAAAGUAAUAUAAUUGCCGUUAAACAUAAUGUUGAAUUCAUCAAAAAUUCUACUGGUGACGAAAGACAAAGUCGAAUAAUAAGUGAAGAAGUCAAAUUAAAUAUGAAAGAAGAAUUAAUAAAAAGGAAUAAUUAUCUAAGUACAAUUGAAUUAAAAAACACAAUAAAAAGUGUAGUUUGUGGAUUAAUCGAUAUAAGCGUUAGAUGUAGUGCUUAUCAAAAAACAAAUCGUUGUAAUAUCCCUAAAUAUAUAUGGAAUGAUUGGAUGGAAAUGUUUGUUAAAGAAAGACCUUUUUAUAAUUUACCUGUAGACAAUAGGCUUGGUCUAUUAUUAGACCCUCAACAUUUAACUGAUAAUAAACUUUAUACCGACGAAGAGUUAAAAAACCAGUCAAUACUGAAUCGAAGAGAUAUUUUGCAAUAUUUGAAAGGCGUGGAACAAUAUGAUGUGCUUGAACAAGAAUUCAACAUACAAUCAAAUGAGUCUCCAGACGUUUCUCGAGUUCUUGGGUUUAUGGUCUACGACGUUUUUACUUCUCUUUAUGCUUUACCACCAUCACCGGUUAACAUAGAUAAUGCAAUAUUCAGACCUGUUAUGGGUAUUUUUGAUUAUAAAAUCGAAUGCACGUGGAAACAAGAAAUUUGUGAUGCACUAAUUAAACAUGAUAUACUUCCCGUACUACCAGAAAUAGCAUUACAGUAUUGCUUAUGCGAUUACUAUCGGGAAACUGACAGUAACGAGCUCAUACAAAUAUUGGAUAACUCCGAAUAUGGCAAAACGAAAACUGUGAGAGAAAAUGUUAGUACAAUCAAUGGAUUAGGACAGUCAAAACAAACACAAACACUACAAUGUAUUAAUACAAGUUAUGAAUCUGAACGUAUAAUAUGUGGAAGAAAUGCAUUUAUUAAUAUUUACAGAGGUAAACCAUUACCAAAUUAUUUGUUGAUUGACUGUGUGCUAUGUUAUAUCAAAGAAAACAACAUGCGUGGAGGUUGGGUAAUACUAGGAUUUUCGCGAGAAGAAAUAAUGAUACUCGAAGAAAGAUUAGCUAAAAAUAAGCAUUUUCCACCUUUUGGUUCGUAUAUAAAAAACCAAAAUCCAACAAUAUUGGUCUCAUUUGAAAAACCAAAUUAUGAAGAUAAAGGAAAAUAUUCAUCGUCUCUUACUAGUUAUUUAAAAAUUGAAUCACAUAAAAGUGUAAUAUUUGAUGAUGAGUGGGAUGAGGUGUAUAAGUAUUAUAGAUCUCAAAAUAUAUUAACAUUACUAAAAAGUACAGAUAAGAAUUUAUUCCUUGAUAACCUUAAUAUUGAAUUGUUUUGUAACGUUUUGACUGGUCAAAUUGUAAAUUGGUUUGAAACAACAAAUUGGUUAAAUUGUACUUAUGAUACCAAUCAAAAAGUUUAUACAUCGUUAAUUAGUGAUUUGUGUACAUCGGAAACAAAAGAAAUUACGUUUGAUAGAGAAAAAUUGCAUAAAAAAUCAGAAUUUGAUUCCAUGGAUUCAUCUACUAGUAAUGACAAAAUGCUUCCAAAUGUAUUAUCUAGUUUAUCUCUAAAUGAACAAAUUUCAAUUGUUGAAAUUACCUCAAAAUUAUUCAAUGUCCAACUCAAUAAAAACGUUGGAACAAUAUUGGCAGCAUUUUGGAUGUCAUUGGAAAAUGGAUUUGUUGAAAACAUGGAGAGAUGCUUUUUUUAUAGAAGGAUACUUAUGUAUGAAAAAGUGCCCUUCAUAAUUACGGUAGAUAAUUAUUUUGAUAAAAUGCUUUACAAACCAAAUUCGGAAAAAAUUGAUCUUGUUAAACGUUUGCAAUAUAAUUUGAUUAAUAUACCCAAAGAUACAAUGACAAUAUCUGAUCCUAACAGAUAUCUGCUUAGGACUUUGUUGGAUGAAAAGUUAAUUUUAAUACAAAUGAUAAACCAAAAAAUAGAAAAAUGUUUACAUUUUAUAGAAGACAAAACUAUUACAAAUUGGCUUGAAAAACAAAUCAACUCAAUAUUUAAUAUAUAUAUGUGUAUGUUACAAGUUGAGGUUGAUCGUAUUGUGAAUACAAUACUUUUUAUAAAUUUAUAUAUGUCAAAGCUAUAUAAUCAAAUUGUACCACUGUCAAUAAUUCCAAAAUUUAUCAAUGUCUCUUCAUUGAAAAAGAUUCUAAAAAAAGAUCAAACAUCUAAUAUUAGAGUAAAUGUCACACAAAAUGUUACAAGUGUUGAUGAAAAUUACAAUAUGUUUAAGUCUACUAUAAAUGCAGUUGCCGACAAGAUAAAACUUAUAUUUUCUACAAUAUUAAAAUGGUUAGAAAAAGUUAAGCAAGCCCUAAACUCAGAAUCCAUAGAAAAAGAUACAACAUACUUAAAAGUAUGGACAUUUUUAAUAAAAAUGGAGGAUCGAAAAUCCACUAAUCAAUUUAAAAUAAUACUAGAUCAGUUCACUACAGAUAUUAAGGAAACAGAUAAUUAUUUAGUUCAGUACCGACUCGAUGCGGUUCAUAAAAUAAAUGAUCGUUUACAGCACGAAGUUGCUGGAGUUGAACUUAUAUGUAAUUUAUUUGAAACUGCUUUAAAAGAAAAAUGUUUUGUUCGUCAUGAAAUUUUAUUCAUUGAUGACCAUUUUUAUUUAAAUCCGGAAAAUGUUGUAUAUUCUAAUAUUCCUUUGCCACGACCUUUUCCGUUACUAGUAGAAGAAUAUCCAGGCGUUUUAUCUGUCAAUAAUUUAGAAACAAUUACACGUCAACUAGCUAAAAUUUGUCCAAAUAGACGUAUUUCAAUUGUUGCCUUUUCUAAUUGGCUAAUGAACUAUACAAAAUAUAAUAUACCUACAACUGCGUGGCUUAAUACAACUACUGAUAUUUUACGUAUGAUGUUUGGAUGUAAUGUAUACUUUAUUGACUGGUCAGAUUUUGUAGUACGUUGUUUAGAACUUCCUUAUCCUAGCAUUAACGAUUUGUUAGAUCUUAAAAAUCAAUAUGCAAAUUUGGAAAAUAAAAAUAAAAAUAAUAUUCAUUCAAAUCAUACAAAAGGUACUAUAGACAAAUAUGAGUAUGAUUCUGUUUUAUUAUGGUACCAGAAAAUGUUACCAUCAAAUCCUUCAGUUUGUCUUCGAUACAUAAAAAUUAAAGAACUAUUGUUUACAAUGUUUUCAAUUGGUGGAAAAUUAGAUUAUGUAAUAAUGCUUCUAACCUUGUGUAAAGAUGACAGUUCAGCGAUGGGUUUAAUAAAAGCUAUCAGUUUAGUUAUGGAUCAAAAUAUUAUGUUUAAUCAGGAUGAUGUUAGUCAUAUAAAUAAACAACAUGAUAUUGAACUACUUAUUGAAACGUUAUAUAAGACUUUAAUGAUUUGUCUCAAAAAUUAUUUGACUCCAGAUAAAAAUGACUUGGAUGAUUUGAUGUAUUCAAUAUUAAAUAUACACUGUACCUUGCGUAAAAGUGAUGGUGAUACAUUGUCUAUAAUGGAGCUAAUUAAAAAUGAUGAUUUCAAGAAGCUCUCUGAUAUUGGAUUUAGAUUUAAUUCGCGUUCUGGUUUUAGCAUUGUGAACAAUCUUAAAUAA